UUUGUACUUAAUUAUGUCUUUCCAUUAAUGGCAGAACCAAGCACAAGUACAAACAAUCUCUGACUUUGUCCCACUCAAGGAACCUCUGCAUUGAAGUAAAAUAAUCUGGGAAAUAUUUGGGAGUUGGACUUGGAGGAACACAUGGCUAUAGUUCCAAUAUGCUACAAAAUACCAUAUAGAGGCUGUGCUGAAUCAAAUCACUAUGUAAUCGGACAGAGGGACAGAGGGUUUCGAUGUGAUUGUAUUCCAACUUCCGAAAAUAAUGCAAGAAGACAUAAGAAUCUUGGGAUGGUUUGGUAUGCCGCAUCAGAUUCUGGGAACCAUUUGAGAUCCUUGGAUUCUUACUUUGGGAAGCUCCAAAACGUCACAAAUGUGCCUCUGGAUGAUUCAAACACGACAAGGGAGCAACCACUCAGUAAAAAUAAUGGUCAGCUGAGAUUAAAGGAGGGUUUGGAGUCUCUUGAUGAUUAUCUUGGAAAACUAAGAAAUAAAGAUGGAGACUCGACGAAAACAUCUAGUUCUGUUGAUCUUGCUACUGAAGACAUUCCAAUUGCAAAACCAUCAGCUAUCAAUCGGGAUUCCGGAAAAGGUGAUGAGAGGGUACUGAAGGCAUAUAGAAAUCCUAUACGUAAAAGGGAUGAUCUUGGUCCAAAGAAUUCUACAGACUCGCUCGAGUAUAAUGAAAUCUCUGAUCUCUACUUGAUAAGCAUAUUAGGUUCUGUAAACAUUGCAGUUUUUCUGUUCGAGAUUGCGAGUCCUGUUAGGAACACUGACUUAGGGCUAUUCUCUCUUCCAUUGCUAUAUGGAGCAAAGAUAAAUGAUUUGAUCCUGGUUGGAGAAUGGUGGAGGCUAGUCACACCCAUGUUUCUGCACUCGGGGCUUUUCCACAUAGCUGUUGGUUGCUGGGGACUUGUUGUAUUUGGGCCUAAAGUGUGCAGAGGCUAUGGAUCAUUCACAUUUUUCUUGAUUUACAUACUCGGAGGAGUCUCCGGCAACUUGAUUAGCUUUCUUCAUACACCAGAGCCCACUGUUGGUGGAACGGGACCAAUAUUCGCCAUGAUCGGAGCUUGGCUCGCUUAUCAGGUCCAAAACAAGGACAUAAUUUCCAAGGAUAUUUCGGAGAAUAUGUUCCAAAAGGCUGUCAUAACCACGCUUCUUAGCUUCACUUUGAGCAUUUUCUGUCCUAUUGAUGAUUGGACACAUUUUGGAGCAGCAUUUGCAGGAGUGGCAUAUGGGUUUUUGACAUGCCCAACUCUUCAACUGGAUGAUGCAUCAUCUUCUUCAGCAAGUGGCCAAGAGGAAGGAAUCGCACUUGUUAGACGCUAUGCAGAUCCUUGCAAAUCACUGUUUUUCUUUGCCCUAUUUGUUCUUGUAUUAAGCUCUCUACUUUUGUUUGUGGAACCUCCCCUGAAUGUCAUAGCAUCAGAUUCUUCCCUGUAAAACUUCUAAAAGGAUGCGAAACCAUCAAUUUAUACAACACAUUAGCUUAUAUGUGUUUCUUGUGUAGCACGCAAGAGGGUAAACCUUCAA